GCGAAACCAACAGUGCAAGUAUUCUAAAUGUUCUUCAGUAAGCGUUCACUGCCUUGAAUCUGCGAAAGGAGCGCGAUACAAACGGGCUCGAUACUCACUCCUAUCGGACUCUGAAUACAGCAGGAGCGAAUCAUGGCCCAACAAAACUGGAAAGGGCUGUUCGAGUGGUCCAUCCAGCAGCAGGAGGGUUCCACAGACCCCGCUACAAGGCGCCACAUCACUCCAGAGGACCGCAAGUGGUUCAUGGAGGCCAUGCAGGCGCAGACAACGGACAUCCCCAAGCGCCUGCGCGACAUCAAGGGAGCCCUGGACGACAGGGACGACUCGGAUGCGCAGGUUGGCGAGAAGCUGAAACUGCUGGACGAUUUGGUGGAGAUUGUGGAGCAGAUCGACUACGCUAAGGACCUGACGCACAUCGGCGGGCUGCCCACGCUGCUGGGCCUGUUGGGCAGCAGCCAUGCGCCGGUGCGCGCCAGCGCGGCAGAGGUCGUGGCCACGUGCGUGCAGAACCACCCGCCCGUGCAGCAAAUGUUCCUGGAGGGGGGCACCCUGCCUCGCCUGCUGCAGCUCCUCCAAGACCCCGACCCCACCUGCCGGCGCAAGGCGCUGCUGGCGCUGUCGUGCCUGACGCGGCACAACGAUGCGGCCAUGGAUGCAUUCCGCGCAGAGGGCGCCAUCGAUCUGCUGCUGUCUGCAGCGCGAGACUCAGAUGACCCCCGCCAGCAGAGGAAGGCGCUGCAGCUGCUGCGAGAGGUGCUGCGCCACCGGCCGGGGGACGUGCGUGACGCGGUGCGCGCCGGAGCCGUCCCGGCAAUUGGCGAUGCAAUCGCGGGCGACGACGCGGGCGUUCGUGAGGCUGCGCUUGCGCUGCUGGCCCUCAUGGUGCAGCACCCCGGCGUCGUUCAGGCUCUCAGGACGACGCAGGAUGAUGCGCUGAGGAAGCGGCUCAAGGCCAAUGAGCAGCGGCUGCAGAAUCUGGACAUAGAGGACCUUGAUGCAGAGCGGGACCAGCUGGCGCUGACGGAGCACAUCAUGCAGAAGCUGGAUGAAGCUGGCGGCGCCGCGCCAGAUCAGGCACCGGCAGCAGAGAACGCCGUGCCAGACAGUGGCGGGCAGGCAGCUAAUGCGCAGAACGAGGCGGCAGCAGCAGAAGAGCCCGUGCGGCUGCUGGGAGCCCCGUAGUGCUAAAGUUUGCUAGUAGCUAGCAUCCCCUGAAACAUUUGUGUGCGCGAAACUUUCCACAUGCUGGUGAAUGAUUGGCAUGUGCAUGCAUCCGCUGAUCAUGUGGCAUGAUGACCUUGACUCAAUCAUGAUGAUGAUUGGAACACUGUCAUGGCUACAAGAAAGUUCAUGAGGGCCUAGGCACAGACGUCUGAGAAGGAAAGAUUUACCGGCUUGUCGUUUUGACACGAUUAUCGUGCUGUCAUGACCUGCUACAGCUGUGGCACAAUAAUUUC